AUGUUAUGGUCCAGUAGUUCACUUAUCCACUUGCCUAAAGAGAAUGAACCAAGCAAGCCAAGGAAAGAGAAAGAGCAAGAUCUUGGUAGAAACAGGACAUCUUCUGUCUUGUGCAUGACAGUUCAUUCUCUAUGCGCAAAGUUUAUAAUUAGUCGAAAUGCAAAGCUUACAGAUGGAUGCGCCGGAUGUUCCUGUCCCUUGACAUUCUGGAGCUGUUUAUUGUGGACAGUUGGUGUACGUUCUCCCUGCGCAGUGGAUGCACUGGCGACAGCUCCGGCGCUGCUGCCGGCUGGCGAUUUGGCUUGUGGUGAACUUGUUGAUGUGGUUCUGGACAGUUAA